AUGCUUAAAGCUAAACUAACCAUCUGCUGCCGUCUCCUGUUGGUUGCAGAUGUUGUAGAUGUUGCAGGUGUUGCAGAUGUUGAAGCUUCAGUCCUGGAGCCGCAGGAGGACUAUCAGGAGCGUUUCCUGAAAUGUCCGUCUGGCUGGGAGCAGUAUAAGGGCAGCUGUUACCUGUACAUGAGCUCUCCUACUUCCUGGAUCCAUGCUGAGACCAAUUGUUACAUUCAGGGAGCGUCUCUGGCUUCAGCCCAUGAUGAUUUUGAUUACACCUUCCUCCAGUCACUGACCAGCAGAGGCAACAGCCUCACCGCCUGGGUGGGAGGAUACUUUCUCCAGGGGUGGAGGUGGGUGGACCAGAGCCGCUUCAACUACAACAACUGGUACAGUCAGACCAACCCAGCCAACGACCCCUGCGUCCACCUCUGGUCCGAAUCCAACCGCGGUUGGUCCAACAGCAACUGUAACAUCGCUCGGCCUUUCAUCUGUGUGAGGAAUUUUGAGGAGUGCUGAGUGCUGACGUAGCCCAGAACCAGAGGGAUGGACCACAG